CACCCGCACCAACGUAGAGGAGUGGAAGUUUAUCUUCACUAUGAGAGAGAGCAGGUAUGUGGAGUGGCCAAAAUUCCUGCGCGAACUCACGAGUCAGCUUUUAUCCCGGUCCUUGUUACUGCCGGUACCCGCCGGAGAGGCGCCGCCGGCCAUACAACCGGCGAAUUUGGCUAUUCUGGUGCCGGGGGUGGGGAACUCACAGCUGAAGAAGCAUUUGCGUGAUGGUGGUUUUACGCAGAUACAUGAGUUAGAUUUUUCCAAGUUCAUAACUCCUGACUUCUUGUGCAAGGAUUCCGAUGCGGCAAACCAGCUGCACUAUGAUUGGACUGCUGCGUUUGCAGAUGAGACCUUUGAUGCAGUCGUGGACAAGGGUGGAUUGGAUUUAUUAACCCUGCCUGAUGUUGAGUUUACAACAUCUGGGAUUGUGUAUAUAAGUAAAGUAAAAGAGAUUUUAAGACCUGGCGGGAAAUAUAUAUGUAUCACCUCAGCAGAACCCAAGUUGUUAGAUUUACUUUUCCGCAAAUUCCGUUGUGGAUGGAAAAUGAGUCUUCAUGCCAUUUCGACUCAAUAUCCAAGAGUUCAGACAUUUAUGGUGGUUCUAGAGAAAGAUAUUUGUGCUUCUGUUUCUAAGAUAUCGUUUUUCUUGGAUGACUACUCUGAUGACCUCUAUAUUCGAUCUCAUAGUUCAAAGAAGCAUGGAAAAUUCGUGGAAGCACUUGUAAAAGAAGAAGAGAUUCGCUCAACGUAUUCAGACUUAUGCACACUUAAAGGACUGAAUCUUGAAAGCCUUAAAGAUUUUGAACCAGGUCGUAAGAUAAAGCUUAUUUUAGGUGAUCCUGCUGGACCCUAUUACUAUAAGGCUGUACUUGUGGAUGCUGAGCAACAUCCAACAAGCCCUUUGUUACAUCAGUUUGCUGUAUACGUAGUUCCAGAAGCUCACGUUAAUGAAUGGUCCUUCUCAUCAGAAGAAGGACAAAUGCACUAUGCCUCAAAGUUGAGGGCUGCUAGAUUACUGAUUGUAAGAUCUCUCCUCUUUAUUUUCUUUCUUUAUCUUAACUUUUUGCAUCUCAUCUUUUGA